ACAAAACCGUCAGACGCGAUAGAAACGCGAAAAUAAUUUUUUUUUUCUUGUACCGAGAGACAGCCGUUUCCGCCACCAGAAUCGACCGUAACGCCUCCCGAUCGGGGUCUAGUACCACCACUAGCUUGGGGUCGCAUUACCCUCGAUAUCUGAGUCUCUAUUCUAGUCUAUCCUCUUUGAGAUGUUUGCUCAUGGCGGCCGCUAUGGAGACGUUAAAAAGGUGAAGUGUCCCUUUAAAGACCAUUAUUAUCGGUGUCUGAUGAGUGCCAAAUUAAGGGAUUUCUAAGAAAAAGUACUAAAAAAUGAAAACUGCAUUAAUGGUGGCUGAGAAGCCAUCUCUAGCGGCUUCUCUCGCUAAUAUCCUCAGCAAUGGGAAAUGUACCAACAGAAAAGGGAUGAAUGGUUCAUGCUCAGUGCACGAAUGGAUUGGUCAACUUCGCUCAGAGACCGUCAGCUUCAAAAUGACAUCAGUCUGCGGUCAUGUAAUGAGUCUUGACUUUAUCGGGAAAUAUAACAACUGGGACAAAGUGGAUCCCGCUGAAUUAUUCAACUGUCAAACCGAGAAAAAAGAGGCAGUACCAAAGCUCCGAAUCCCCGCGUUUCUCUCGAAGGAAGGAUCUCAUUGCGAGUACCUUAUCCUUUGGUUGGAUUGUGACAAGGAGGGUGAGAAUAUCUGUUUCGAGGUAAUCCAGGCAGUUCAAGAGCGGAGGAAUCCUCCACUGAGCCACCACAACAUAUGGAGAGCAAAAUUCUCAGCAAUCACAGAUCGAGACAUUAAAUCAGCCCUGCAGAAUCUCGUCAAGCCGAACGAGAAUGAAGCUAGAAGCGUUGACGCACGACAGGAAUUGGAUCUUCGUAUUGGGUGUGCCUUUACCAGAUUCCAGACGAAAUUUUUCCAAGGAAAAUAUGGAGAUCUGGAUGCUUCCCUGAUAUCUUACGGUCCCUGCCAGACUCCAACACUUGGCUUCUGCGUUCAGAGGCACGAUGAAAUUCAGACAUUCAAGCCUGACCCCUACUGGGUCCUUCAAGUGACGAUUAAGACCACCGAGGGGCAGGACAUGGUUCUCAGCUGGGCCAGGGGCCGUUCUUUCGAUAAAGAAAUUGCGAAUAUUUUCUUAUCCCAUGUUAAAGAGCAUGAGCAGGCAACAGUCGUUAACAUUUCGAGCUCUGAAAAGACGAAGGGAAGACCAAUAGCUCUGAACACUGUCGAGCUGAUGAGAGUAUCGAGCUCUGGCUUGGGCAUGGGCCCUCAUCAUGCCAUGCAAAUUGCUGAGCGUCUCUACACCCAGGGGUACAUCAGUUACCCAAGGACUGAGACGACUUCUUAUCCAGAGAAUUUUGAUCUUCUGGCCACCCUCAGGCAGCAGCAGAAUAGCUCCGAUUGGGGGGAGGAUGUGAGGAAAAUUCUGGCGAAUGGAAUCAACAGACCCAAGAAGGGACACGAUGCUGGGGAUCAUCCUCCUAUCACUCCCAUGAAACCUGCCUCCAGGAAUGAACUCGACGGCGAUUCCUGGAGGAUCUAUGAUUACAUCACUAGACACUUUAUUGCCACUCUCGCCAAAGACUGCAAGUACCUCAGUACGACUAUUAAAUUUGAGAUUGGAAUCGAGAGUUUUUCAUUGACUGGAAGUACUUUAAUUGAUCCCGGGUAUACAAGUCUCCUCACUUGGCAGGCCCUCGGCGCUAAUGAGUCUUUGCCUAGACUCAAUGUUGGCGACAAAGUGAGCAUUCACGAAACUAAACUACUGGAGUGCUACACACAACCACCGGACUACUUGACUGAAUCGGAGUUAAUUACGCUUAUGGAGAAACAUGGAAUUGGAACUGAUGCCUCGAUACCCGUUCAUAUUAAUAAUAUUUGCAUUAGGAAUUAUGUGAGUGUUGUAGCGGGGAGAAAGCUCGUUCCCACUUCCCUUGGAAUUGUUCUCGUUCAUGGAUAUCAAAAGAUUGAUCCGGAUCUAGUCCUUCCAACAAUGCGUUCAGCAGUUGAGGAGCAGUUGAAUUUAAUAGCACUCGGUCGGGCUGAUUUUUACGCUGUAUUACAGCACACGAUCGAAGUAUUCAAACAAAAGUUUCAUUAUUUUGUUCAGAGUAUCGACGGUAUGGACCAAUUAUUUGAGGUAUCUUUUUCACCUCUCUCAGCCUCGGGCAAAGCCCAUUCGCGAUGUGGCAAGUGUCGUCGUUACAUGAAAUAUAUUCAGACAAAACCAUCGAGACUUCACUGCGCCCAUUGUAACGAGACUUACAAUUUACCACAAAAUGGUAAUAUCAGGAUUUAUAAGGAGCUCAAAUGUCCACUCGAUGAUUUUGAACUAUUGUCGUGGUCGACGGGUACCAGAGGCAAGAGUUACACCUUCUGUCCGUAUUGUUAUAAUAAUCCUCCAUUCAGGGACAUGAAGAAAGGAAGCACUGGUUGUAAUUCCUGCACCCACCCAAGCUGUCCCCAUGGAUUAAAUUCAAAUGGUCUCUCGAGUUGUCCAGAGUGUGAAGCUGGUAUUCUAGUACUGGAUCCCUCAGCAGCGCCAAAAUGGAAAUUAGGAUGUAACAGAUGUGAUGUUAUAAUUCAUUUCUUUGAGAAUGCUCACAAGGUGGCUGUUGACACUGAUGUUUGUGAAUGUGGUGCGCAACUCAUCACAGUUCAGUAUAAAGAGGACAAGAGCAAAUUGCCGAAUGAGGCAACUGAGAUGACUGGCUGUGUAUUUUGUACAGUGGAAUUUGGACCACUGGUGGAGAAGCAUCGAGCUGUAGCUUCAAAGCCUGUGAUGACCAGGGGACGUGGACAUGCCAAAGGUCGUAGUCGAGGCAAACCAAGGCCCAAGGACAAGAUGGCGCAAUUAGCUGCUUACUUUGUUUGAAAUACAUACGUGAAAUGCACAGUGAAUAACAAUUAACAAUUAAUAGAAUAAAACGUGAUUGAAAAUGAGAAUUCAUGAGGCGGAGAUUUAGUAGAAAUUAUUCGGAGAAUUUUUUUUAUAGUCAAAAAAAAAUUAAUAGAAAAAUCUGGCGGAUUGUAUUGAACUCUUCCAGAAAUUCAUUACGUUUUACCAAUCUACUAAUGAAUGAUACUGCCAAUUUUUUAUAAUUAGCUUUCGUGAUGAAAAGAAAGGAGAACAUCACUGUACUUUUUUUCUCAAUACUCUGAAUAUUCUAAGGACAGUGUCAAUAAUGUAAUUAUUGAUUUGGGUACAAUAUCAAUGAAUCACAAUUUCUUGUGUACCUGAUAGAAGGAUCUGUCAAGUACUCUGUGUUCAUUUACAUCAGAUACUUAAUUAAUAUUAAUUAAAUGCUCUCGCUGAUAUCUUAAUUUCAUUAUUUAAGAGCCUGUGCCAAUUGCGUUUCUAUAGACUCAUUAAAAUAACGAAGAUUUCGCAGAUAAUACUGUCUCGUGUAAAUAAAUUUUGUAAUCUCAAAGGUUAA